CGGAGGGAAGAUGGCGGCGGCGGGCCGGUGGCGGGUCGGGCUGGCGCUGUUGGCGGUGGCGCUGGGGCUGGGCGGGCCGCGGGCCGAUCAGACGGAGGAGCACCUUAAGCGGGAGCACUCCCUCUCCAAGCCGUAUCAGGGUGUGGGGUCGGCCAGCUCGGGGCUGUGGGACCUGCUGGGCAACGCCAUGGUCAUGACCCAGUACAUCCGCCUCACUCCCGACGUGCAGAGCAAGCAGGGAGCCGUCUGGAACCGAGUGCCAUGUUACCUCCGAGACUGGGAGAUGCAGGUGCAUUUUAAAAUCCACGGGCAAGGCAAGAAAAACCUGAAUGGCGACGGCUUUGCCAUAUGGUACACCAAAGAUCGCAUGCAGCCAGGACCUGUCUUUGGAAGCAAGGAUAACUUCCUGGGCCUGGGAGUGUUCGUGGACACCUACCCAAAUGAGGAGAAGCAGCAGGAGGCUCAGAAGAGGAGGUACAGCCCGGGAAAUCAGCGUGUCUUCCCCUACAUCUCGGCUAUGGUGAACAACGGCUCUCUCACCUACGACCAUGACCGGGACGGCAGACCAACGGAGCUGGGGGGCUGCACGGCCAUGGUGCGCAACCUCAACCACGACACCUUCCUGGUGAUCCGCUACGUGAAGAGGAGACUGACGGUCUUGAUCGAUAUUGACGGUAAACACGAGUGGAGAGACUGCAUCGACGUGCCGGGAGUGCGCUUGCCCCGUGGGUACUACUUUGGGACCUCUUCUGUCACCGGAGACCUGUCAGACAACCACGACAUUAUUUCGUUGAAGCUUUACCAGCUGAUGGUAGAGCGGACGCCAGAAGAGGAGAAACGGGACAGAGAAGUGUAUCUGCCGGUUGUGGAUAACUUAAAGCUGCCGGGAAGUGAGUCAGAGCCGCCGGGGAAGGUGGAACCAGCGGGGAUUUGGGGAGAAGUCCACAGGGUUGUGGGAGCAGAAACUGCGUCAUCUCGCCAGCAAACCAGCUGAACUCCAGCUGGAAUUGGGAGAUCCGUGCUGUUCCUCCCACCGCUGGUUGUUCUCGCCCGUUGUGUGACACAGCCGAUGUCACAGCCCGUCUCCAUUUGGCGUGGACAUAGCAGUGCUCACCCUUGAAAAAGGCGGCUAAGUGUGUCUGUUCUGGUUGUGCCAUGACCAAAAUGGGGUGUGCUGGUCCACUGGAAGCUCACGGAGGUUUGAACCUUGUCAUCUUCUCCCAGAAAAUCCCACCACAGACGCGUCCACGAGCCCCUUGUGUGCCCUGAGGUCUCAUGGCUCUAGCCCUUGCAAUGAGCUGGGCCCAAAAGCUUUGGGGUGGUGUGAGCCUGGCAGGAUGUGUGUGGGGUUAAACCCCCUGUGCAGGCAAAUCUCAGCUGGGUUUUGGGGUGCUGGGCUCUCUGGGGGCUCAAGGGCUGUUUUUCUUCCUCUGUCACACAGUGGAGGCGCCGCUGGAGCCCAUGAGUGGCCUGGCUCUCUUCUUAAUUGUCUUCUUCUCCCUCGUCGCCAUCGUUUUUGCCAUUGUCAUUGGAGUCAUCAUCUAUAACAAGUGGCAGGAGCAGAGCCGGAAACACUUCUAUUGACUUGAGAACCUCCCCAGAUGGCCCGUUGCUAGUCCUUGCUAGCCACGUCCCAGCUCCCACCCGACCUGGACUGGCCAGAGUGUGAUGGACCGACCCUCGGGGCAGGGACCCUCGUGUCCCCCUGAAAAUCCCCAUGGGGAUGGCCGCCAUUUCUCACCGGGCUCCAGAACUCCCACGCUGCUCACGGAGGGAACAGGGGAUCCCCGGCAUGGCGUGCGACGGACUGGGAGCUGAGCGCCGUGAGGACGGAGCUGCCGUCCCCUGAAGAAGCUUUGCUUUGGACUGUGCUGCGGGGCGCUGGCGGCACUGAGCUGUCUCUCUGCCAUACAGGGAGCCCGAACGUGGGCAGAAGUCGCCACCUCGGCUGUGAAGUCCCAGCUGAAGGGGAUGCCAGCGAGCCGUGCGCCUGCUUUCCUCCCCAGACUCCUCUUGCAGCGUUACCAUAAUCCUCACCAUAACCCCUUGUCUCAAGUGAUUUCACUUCCAGGAGGGGUUUUCCAAGCUGUUCAUCCCAUUCUGGCUGCUUUCCAUCGCCUGUCUUUGGAAACUGGACUGCUUUUCUUUGUACUUCGAAAUUCCCCCGCUGCCGUGCAACCCCUCUGUGUCCUGCGAAUCGCCGAAUUUUGGUGUUUUGGGGCAGAGAAUGCUGCUGGCUUACCCCGGUCGUGAGGCAGCUCGAGCUGGGAACCUGCCUGGCUGCUGGGCUCAACCUUUUUGGGGAGCAGCCACUCCCCUCUACAAAACUGACCCUGGGCAGUGCCUCGCCGCAGACCCCUCCCCAGCCUGGGGUGUAACGCUGUGUUCCCCACUUUUAAUAACCGUUUGCUGCUGCGUCUUGGGGCUUGGCCCCUCUCCGUAGGGCUGCUGCAGCCUCCUGCCCCGGUGCCAUUUGCAUGUUGUGUCGUGGCUUCUGGCAGCUUUUCCCUCAGUGCUCGCUGCAUCGCGGGAUCCCCCCAAAGAGGAGCUGAGCCUCGUGGGGUGAUACCCCUGCCUCUGGGAGCCGGAACUCUCGCUGCCUUUCAGGGAGUUGUAGUUUAUUCCUACCUCAGUGACUGUUUUUUGGUCAAUAAUUUCUCUGUGUUUCUCUUGCCGGUUGUCACAGCUGCCUUCGCCCCUGGAGACCCCGUCGGUAGUGGCACGUGGAGGGCGUGGGGUCCCCGGAGGGACCCAGGAGAGGGAGAGGUUGGGUCAGUUUGGAGCCCUAGAGGCUCUGGGGACAUAAAGAUGGCAAAUUUGCUGCCCCGCCAGCCCCAUCAUUGGCAGCACCCUCCUCGCCGGUGUCCUGGGGAGCUGUUCUUCUCCCACUGCUUUCCAGGACUCUUGCACCUGGGAUGGAUCUGUAUGGGGGUCUCAGGGGUGGUAGGGACGCCUGGCUGGCGGUUUUUCGGCGGGAUGCUGUUGUUGGGGUAGGUGGGAGCUUUUUUCAAAGUGCUGAACGAUUGUGGUGUGAAAGGAGAGGGUUUUUUUUCUGGUGUUUUGCCUCUUUUUGCCUGAUAACCAGGAAUGAAACAUGCGUGCCUCUCCCUGGAGCUGUAACUGGUGUCUCGGAAUAAACAUUGGUGGGUGGGGGUGUUUGUGUGACGUGGCCGUGCUCCCUGUCA